GUGUUGUACGCUUGCUUUUUCUGGCCGGUGUGACUCGACGGGUUUUUUUCUCUGCGAAUAUCAAGUGAAAAGUGCUUUUUCAACUGUUCAGCCAGUUUAUUUUGCAAUAUAAAGCCACAAUCGUAAACAGUGAUCAGCAGAACAGUGUCCAUUAGUAGUAUAUUCGAAAGAAAAAGCGAAACGAAAAAAUGAGCGAAGACCACCAAAAUGGCGAUCAUCAGAAUGGCCGCGACGAUGAGGAGAUCCGAGAGCCGGAGCACAUGCGCAAGCUGUUUAUCGGUGGUCUGGACUAUCGCACCACUGACGAUGUGCUGAAGGCGUACUUCGAAAAGUGGGGCAAGGUGGUCGAUGUCGUAGUGAUGAAGGAUCCAAAAACGAAGCGAAGCCGCGGUUUUGGAUUUAUUACCUACUCGAAAUCGUACAUGGUUGACGAAGCGCAGGCAAAGCGUCCGCACAAGAUCGAUGGGCGCGUUGUGGAACCCAAGCGAGCGGUUCCUCGCCAAGACAUUAACCGUCCGGAGGCGGGCGCCUCGGUGAAGAAAUUGUUUGUCGGUGGCCUGCGGGACGAUUUCGAGGAGGAACACCUGCGCGAGUACUUCGGAAAGUACGGUAACGUGAUCCUGGCGUGCAUCGUGACGGACAAGGAAAAUGGCAAAAAGCGCGGUUUCGGGUUUGUCGAAUUCGACGAUUACGAUCCGGUGGAUAAGAUUAUUUUGCAAAAGAGCCACACCAUCCAGAACAAGAUGCUGGAUGUAAAGAAAGCACUGCCGAAGCAGGAAAUGGAUCGUUACAAGAGCGAUAGCGGUCGUGGUGGCGGCGGUGGCGGUGCCUGGGGAAGUCAGCCACGCGGUGGUGGUCCGUCACAAGGCUGGGGACAGUCUGGCGGUCGUGGAGGCGGUGGCUGGGGACAGAGUCAGCGUGGCGGCCAAGGCGAUUGGGGCAGCGGUGGAUUCCAGCAGCAGGGAGGCUUCAGCAAUAGUGGUUACGGCAAUGGAGGCGGCUACAAUACAGGCGGUGGCAACUGGAGCCAAGCUGGAAACCCAUGGGACCAUAACUGCAGCACCCAAGGAGGCUGGGGCCAACAGACUGGUGGCUGGGGAAGCCAGGGCACAGGCGAAUUUGGUAACAGUUUCGGUAACAAUUACCAGCAAGGUUACAAUGCCGGUCCGGUGCGUGCCGGAGGGUACAACAAUCAGCGAUCGGCACCAUACGGUAUGGAGUCGUACGAUGGUAAUCAAGGCGGAUUCGGUGGAAGCGGCGGCGGUUACGGAGCUCCCGGAGGUAACCGUCGGUACUAGACGGCUGCCGCGAUACAAGAGUGAGAGGCUGGGACGCACGGCCCCCAUUGUGGCAGGUGUACAAAAAGUAAAGAAAAGGUCAGAAUCAGUCGGAGAGUUAUUGAGGCAUACAUAGAAGGUGGUAAAACAGGACAGUGCAAGGAUAUGUAUGAGCAAGGAGCAAAGAGAUGACUGAAGGCAAAACAAAACAAAACAAAAAUAGGCGUGAGAAAUCAAGAAGCGGAGGGAGCAGCAUUCGUAAUUUUAUUAAGCUAACCAAGGAAGUAACGCAGUGAAGCAAGCAAAUAAGUAUAUAGACAAAUCAUUGAAGAUGCAGACGGAGGCAAUUUUAUUUGACAGUGGAGAAUUUUUAGUGAGAAGGGGAAAGUGAGGGCGUAAUUCAGAUCAAGAUUGAACAGGAUAAUAACGAAUGCCGGAAUAGCAUGAGUUGCUAUUACCGCAUAACGUAUAUUUCUAUUCAUCAGCAAAAGGCAAAGGUAUGGGAACGCGCAAUCAGGCAAGUUAUUUUUUUUGUCUGCGAAAGGAGCGUCUUGUUUUAUUCUCGGGCAUGGCUCCAAUCGCAGAGCUCCUACCAUUAGUCUUCAGCUCAUACCCUGGGAGAACGUAUCCGAGUACUUUUUCCCUCUCACAAAAUGUUCUUCGCGUUAAAAAACACAAAUUUUGAUUUUUAUUGCGGAAAUAAUCACACCGAGAAUGGAUCAUGCAUAACAAUAUAUACAUAAAUGUACGGAAUAAUUAUAGGUUCAGUCUUAAGAGGAAUUUAACCUUUUCUCGCAUAUAUACUGCAAUACCGUAGGGGAAGCUUUGCAAAACUGUUUAGAAGAAGCAACAAACUCGUAAAAAUCGUCCAAAAACUUAUAUAUACACAUACACUCAUACAAAGAUUAAACCGAUUUACUAGAAAAAAACAGAUGGUAGAAUAAAGAACAGAAGUUGUUUACGAGAACACAGGACACAGAAGAAACUUGUAAAUAUUUUCUUAAACAUAAGAAUGAUACUUCUUUUAAAACAAAAAUUUAAGGAAUGAAUGCGAUGAGCAUUGGUUUUCAGAUAAACAGUACCACUCCUGGUCGGAUGGUUAUCGGCCACUUUUCUCAUGUGCAAAUUUUCAACGAAUAGGUUCUCUUUCGGUUGAAUUCGUCAUUUCGUCCUAUUGUCGACGAUUGGCUUUCCGUCCCGAGCGUCCUACCCACAUUUCCUGGCUCCCUAGUUCCUGGGCAGUAGUAGAAACAUAGACGAAGAGUUUGACUGGCAGACAAUUUUAUUUCGCUGCAGUUUUCGAUAUAAGAAAGUUCUAAUUAACAUUUAAAAAACACCUAAGCAAAAUCACAGAAUGAAGUAGUAGAGUAAAGCAAGAUAUCUGUACUAACUAGUAAAGUUAAAUAACAGUAUAACAUUAAAUCGACUAAAUGUUCAAAUCGAAUAAUUUCCGAGAUAGUAAAGGAACAAGUAUAGUAAGAUACAACCCCAGAAAACCGGUUUGUUUUUCUUUAGUGUUAAGGAUUAGUUCUUCCUUUUGCGUAAAACGAGUGUGAUAUUUUUGUAGAUUCUGCUUCUCCCAUAGGUAAAGCUCGCUGAAACAGGAAAGAGGGCAAACAGGUGAGAGAAAUGCUAGAAAGUGCAAAAAAUUAGUGAAGCUCGAGGAAGAUGGUUAGUAACCAUAUUAGUAAGUUCUACGUUAGAAGUUAUGCGAUUUUAAUUUGCCAGUUUUGUGCACUGUAGAAUUGUUCCCCGCUAAUACACUGAGGCCAGUCAGUUAAAAGUGUGACAGGCGAUAGGAAGAGAAGCUCCGAUAGUUUUGUUUCUUUUAUCGCAAAUCGUCGUUGUGGGGUGAUUUGUGUGGAUUUUUUUUUUCACCAACUAAGAUACUUUUUUUCAUUUAAUUAUGCAGCUGAGUUUUGUCUUGACAUACUAAUUUUCAAUCUUUCUUCUUUUACGUUCGUGCCUACCACUAAUUGAUCGUACGAGUAGUAGCAAAGAAUUUGCCGCGUGAAAUGAAGCAUAACAAUUCUGGCUGGUCUUAUUGCGCGUGUUGGAUCGCACACUACAGGUCACUCUUACGGUAAGUGAAUUGUUAUAUGUCUUUUCUGUUUCAGCGAUUACAGGGUUCAGCAGUUCAGAGCUGUCGCCUCAAUCGAAGCUGCGCAGGUCUGUGCUACUGUUCUAUCGGCAACUGUUUGAAUAACAGAAAUGAAUAAUGUUUCUUUCAUUUCCAUUUUUGUUCGAAAUUUUUGCAACUAAGCAGU